AUGCCUUCAGCAAACGCAAGACAGCGCAACAAGCGGGCGCUGGAGUCGACGGGAGGCGUCUCGCGUGCUCCCGCUGGCAAGGGCAAGGCCAAAGGACGAGGAGCGGGAGAGCCGUAUAAGCUGCAGUCGCUGCUCUACAUUUUGCUGGCGACGACGAUACUGCUCGUGGCAUACCAGCUAGCACGCUUCUACUACCGGGGUCAUGUCGCUCUCUCACCGCUCUCGGCAUGGACGAAGACCAAAUACGGCGCUCACGACCGUGCCAACCAAGUGGUAGACAACGGAAGGACAAAAUUCAACAAGCUCGCCCCCGAAGGAGCCAUACCUGGAGCGCCAGCCCUCGUACCCGGCCAGGAAGCUACAGACUCGCUCGAUGAGCUGCGAAAGAAGCUCGGACUCGAGGGCGAACUCGAAUCGCAAUUCGACGAGGACGGCAAUCUCGAUCUGGCGACCAUCCAGAGGAUGCUCGACAUCCUGUACAAGCCAGCGAGGGAUGGCGUCAAGGGUGCAGCACGUGCUGCAGGUCAUGUGCUCGAGGCCAUGACCGAGGACGAGGUCGCUGUGGAUGCCGCUGAUGCCGCCGAAGUUGCCGACGAAGCUACACCGUAG